GCGUUUCAGUGUAGUAAGAAACAUCUUCCAUCACGUAAAUCAAAGAACACAUUUGCGAAAGAUAAUUCUGCGUCAAUCAACUGCCAAGAGAUAUUGGAGAUUUAUCAGAGGACCUAUCAUAUUUAUAGCAAUGAAGGCAGUCGCCAUCAUCCCGUUUUUAGUUGCAGCAGCAUUUGCUGCCCCGCAAUAUGGAUCAACUCCAGAAUAUGGAUCUGCUCCACAGGCGGUUGACACAACUAACCAAGUCUCACUUGAACAGUGGGCAACUCAAAACUCAGCAUCGGCAUCGGCCUUUGCUUCUUCUCAUGCCCAGUUUCAACCUGCUGCUCAACAAUGGCCCGAGCAGACAGCAUCUCAUCAGAUCUCCACUGGACAUGGAUCAUCAUCAGUCAAUCUCAAUAUCCAACCGAGGCCUCAAAUUGAGGAAAUCCAAAAACAAUGGGAACAAUUCCUUGUACACCUUCCAUGGCUGAACGGUCCCCCUGGUCCACCUGGUCCACCCGGAUCUGCUGGUGCACAAGGAAGUGGUUUUGCCAGCCAACCCCAACCAACAACUGUUGUUGGACCCCCUGGAGCACCUGGAGCCCCUGGAUUACCUGGACCUAAAGGAGAAGCUGGAAAUCCAGGCAGUCCAGGAUUUCCUGGAGGUCCUGGGCCACAAGGGGCAGCUGGACUUAAUGGCGCACCUGGCAGUCCUGGACCGGCUGGAGAGCGUGGCUUGAACGGAGCUCCUGGCGCUCCUGGAGGACCCGGAUUCCCCGGAGCCAAGGGAGCUGCUGGGCUUAAUGGCGCACCUGGUCUCAAUGGAGCCCCAGGAACACCUGGCCGAGAUGGAUUCAACGGAUCACCCGGAGCUCCUGGACCUAAAGGACAACCUGGCGCCCCAGGACAAACUGUUGCUUCAAGCGGCACUGGCCCCGCCGGUGCACCGGGAACACCUGGAAGAGAUGGAGCUCCUGGCAAUCCUGGUAGCCCUGGAACGGCUGGCCCAGUUGGACCUGUUGGCCCAGUUGGCCCAGCCGGCAGACCCGGAAACAAUGGCUUAUCCGGUACUCCUGGCCCUAAAGGUGAAGCUGGGACUCCUGGAUUUCCUGGAGGACCGGGCAAAGAUGGACGCCCUGGUGCACCAGGAAAUUCAGGACCAGCCGGUUCGGCAGGCCCAGUUGGACCUCCAGGCACUCCCGGAGGUCCCGGCAGAGAUGGUUUUCCUGGUGGACCAGGUGCUCCAGGAAAAGACGGAUUCCCAGGUGGACCUGGAUUACCAGGUGGUUCCGGACAACCAGGUAAACCAGGAAGAGAUGGUCUUAACGGAGGUCCGGGAGCUCCAGGUUCUCCUGGUGGGCCGGGAUCUGCUGGACCUCAAGGAAAACCAGGCGCCCCAGGAUUUCCAGGUGGACCUGGUGGCCCAGGUCCUGCGGGACAAAUAGGAAACCCGGGACCUCAAGGCCAACCUGGAAAUCCAGGUUUCCCUGGAGGCCCCGGCCCUGUUGGGCCUCAAGGAAGACCAGGCCCUCAAGGUGGCCCUGGACCCGCAGGUCAACCAGGAACACCAGGUAGUCCAGGACCUGCAGGACCGGCUGGACAAGCCGGAAUUGCCGGAACUGUGACGCCAGUUCAAGCCCCGGCAUACGAAGUACCUGUUCAUCAACCUGCACCAGUUGAUCAGCCAUCUUACCAACAACCAACUCAAGCACCAUUUUGGGCAGCUCCGACUCAACCGUCGUGGUCGACUCCAGUUCAGCCCUCAUUCCAACAGCCGCAGCAAUCAGCCUACGGACGAUGAACUCUACCCGUGUUCUUGAAAAACAACUACAUUGAAAAGAAACACUUUCUCCGGUGAAAGUCUCUUCAAGACGACAAAAGAAGAUAACGCAUCUCUAUUUUCGAUUUUUCAUUUUAUAAAUUCCUCAUCUUCGCAACAUGGUGAUUUCCAAUUAUAUACUUAUAUUUUAAUUCACAGUGCUAUAUAAAUAAACUGCUUUACCAAAUUCAAA